GAAGCAUUUAGAAAGAUGCGGAGUCUAAGAUUGCUCAAAGUCAGUAACACAGAGCUCACUGGAAGUGACAACAAUUUUUUCAAAGAGUUAAGAUGGUUGUGUUGGCAUGGAUUUCCUCUGGAGGUCAUACCUUUAGAUUUCGAUCUGCCAAACCUAGUUGCUGUUGACCUGAGCUGUAGCAAACUCAAACGAGUUUGGGAGGAUACUGACGUGCAGCUGCUCAAGAAUCUGAAAAUCAUCAAUCUCAGUCAUUCCCAUGACCUAACAGAAUCACCAGAUCUUUCCAAAGUCCCAAAUCUUGAAAAACUGAUAUUGGUAAACUGUAGAAAAUUGUCUCAGAUUCACCCAUCCAUUGGGCAUCUUGAAAGAUUUUCGUUGGUAAAUCUUGAAAACUGCAAAAAGCUUCAGUAUUUUCCACGGGAUUUCUAUAAGUCAAGGUCAGUUGAGACUCUUAUUCUUAAAGGCUGUUCAGGUUUAAAAAUGCUGGAUGACAGCUUAGGGGGGAUGGUAUCAUUGACAACACUUCAAGCAUGCCAUACAAGGGUAAGGCAAGUACCAUCUUCAAUAGUAGGAUUGAAGAACCUGACAUUUUUAGGCCUUAGAAGCUGCGGGUUAACUGAUGAUGCAAUCCCUAAGGAUCUUGGGAGUCUAUUUUCUUUAGAAAUAUUGGAGCUUGAUGCCAAUUUGUUUUAUAUCCUACCGAGCCUCGGUGGACUCUCCAAGCUUAAAAUGUUAGAUUUGAGUUCUUGCAUGGAUCUUCGUGAAAUCCCAGAUUUACCAACAAAUUUGGAAUUCUUGAGAGCGAAUCAGUGCAUUUCACUUCGAAAAAUGCCAAAUUUUUCGGAAAUGUCGAGUAUGGUUGAACUGCAUCUGGAUCUCUCCCCCAAACUCACUGAGAUUCUAGGCUUGCAUGAGUCGUUAAACACUAUGAGAAGGAUUCAUAUGGAAGGCUGCACCAAUCUCACUGCUGCUUUUAGGAAGAACAUCAUACAGGUCUCUCUCUCUCUCUCACGCACACACAAACAUGCACACAUACACGCGUAAGACAUGCAUGUACUAGAAUACAUUACUUAUGCAUAAGAAUGAC